GUCCGAAGAGCGACCAGGGAGACGAUGCUGUAGUUCCUGCCCGGGAGAGGCAGAGAAGAGGUGCCGAUGGACGCUUUGCCCGUCACGCCGGGGGAGCUGCUGUGCUUGGGCUCCAGUCUGGCCUUUUCUGGGCUGUUCUAUUACCUGCACAGAAGGAAAGCCAAGGUGGCCUCCAAGAUCCAGGAGGCUCCAAAGCUUCAAGUUGGCGACGAUCUCCCCGGCAUCCUCUCCGCCACGGGUACCGGCUGCCUGAGCUAUGUUGCCGUUGAAGGUAUCGUCCAGCCGGCUGAGGCGGCUCUAACCAGCCCCUACCACCAGGAACUGCAGGGGGUGAUUGAGAGGCUGGUGCUGAAGGAACAGCGGCUGAUCUGGAACAGCUUGGCGCGGAGCUGGACGGACAGCGAGCGGGUGGUGCUGGAGCAGGUGCACAUGACCCCCUUUGUCUUGGUGUCGCCUGGUGGCCGGGCGGCGGGACAGGUGAGCGUGGAGUCCCCCCUCCGUGCCGUCGAGCUGCCCUUGGAGACGGUGUACGAGCGCUUCCAGCAGACCUCCCACGGCUUCAAGGACCUGCUGGGCCACUACCUGAGCGGGGAGAAGCCCAAGGGUUUCCUGGAGACGGAGGAGAUGCUCUUGGUCGGGAGCAGCCUCACCGGCAUCGGGGAGCUGACCCUGCACCCGGACGGCUCCCUCCACCUCCAACCCCCGGCCGACGGCGCCGGCUACUUCCUGCGCCUGGGCGACUGGCAGACGCUGCUGGCUGAGCUGGAGUCCGCCAGCAGUUUCUGGAAGUGGGCCGCACUAGUCUGCGGCCUGGUAGCGACCGCCACACUCCUGCAUGCCCUCCGUCGCGCCUACCGGCGCCACCGGCUCAAACAGGAGAAGGAAGAAGAGCAGCGAGCGUUCGAAGACCUCCGGCUCCGCAAGGGUCUGGCUCUGGAGCCGGACGAAGAGCUGCCUGCCAACACCUGCGUCAUCUGCCUCACCAACCCUCGGCAGUGCGCCCUGCUCCCCUGCGGCCACGUCUGCUGCUGCUUCCACUGCUUCCAGGCCUUGCCCCGCCGCACCUGCCCCAUCUGCAGGAGCCCCAUCGACCGUGUGGUCCCCCUCUAUCAGGCCUGACGAAACAGGGCUUGAGUGCCCUCUGGACGCCGUAGGGGGAGAGCUGGAUACGUCUGCGGAAAGGGGUAUACGCCACCUCACCCUUUUCUCAUCCCUGGAGGGUGUUUCCAGACCUGCUGGUGCAAUAAAGCUCCCUUCCGUUCUCUGGCUGACCUCGAAGCUGGCAGUACCGGGGAGCUGCAAGAGAGAAGGGGGGCUUUAAUAUUUGUUGCAUUCAUUGCAGGGAGGGGGCGAAGACAGCCCUUGAGCGGCUCGAAUCAACCUGCAGGCUCAGAGCAGGAAACUCCGCCGGCAGUCAAAGGGAACGUAAAGACGUUAGGAAUUGAAGAUCUUCAUCCCGUGCUCUCCCUUCCCUGCCGUUGUGACCUCAUGGAUUCCAGGCAAAGUUCUGUUCUGAGCCGACCUCCCAGAGCUGGGAUAACGGCUCCUUGCCUCCAUAUCGGGGCUCCGAGGGAAGACGACUGUCCCCCUUUGCUUUCCUAGCAGAGGAGGCACCCUGUUCUCAUGUUGUCCCCUACAGCAGAGUUUUAUUUUUGUAACGUAUCUGUUUUUUGGUGUGACAUGGCAGGUAUCUGCCACAGGAGCUGCUCGGGCGACAGGGUAAGGGGCUUUUAGUGUAGCCCCCGCUCCGGAUACCUGCCUUUGGGGCCCUCAGCGGAGAGGCCGGGGCUUUGAGAGCAGUCUUCUGGCGCCUCCAGCAUCAGAGGAGGGACAGUGAGGUAUCCACACGAAGCCAGUGUGCUCUUGCAGGCAGCUUGAGGUGACGCAUGCCAAUCCCCCACCACCGGCAGCCUGAAUCUCUCGCGGGUGCAAUCCGACCCCCGCAGCUCUCGUAGCGAGCUCAGGGCAAUUCCUUUCUUUUGAGCCAGAUUGAUGCUAGAACGUCUGCCCUGUUUAAUUCCAAGUUCUCCUGGCAGGUACACUGGCGGUUCCCAGCCAGUCUCGGACACUUCCCCUUCCUUUCGAGACAGACAAUCAAUGAAGUCUUGGACGAAUGGACCCAAGGGUUAUACGGCACGGUCGGCUUCUGGGUUGCUGCUGAGGAACGGCCUCCUGCUUCACCCCCCCCACACCCUAGAGACGGUUGGCCUCAUCGAGCUCUGCCUAAGCAGGAGAGAUGGUUCCUUGAUUUUUCUUAGCCUCACCCACCUGGUAGGUUGGACUGGUGUUUGUGUGUAUGUGUGUGUGUGUGUGUGUGUGUCCUCCUUCAGGGAAGAGCCGAGCACACUGUAACACGUAACCGAGUGUGGUCAGGUGACGUGGUUGUCAAGCUGUUAUCGAUAAACCGGUGAACCCAUCAGGGCCCGUCUGUCUCUUUAACAAAGGCGCCAACAAUAAUGGAUGUUGAAAGGAAGGAAGGGCACGUGGCAGAAUCGGGAGGGGAGCUCCUUAUCUUCAGCCAGGAGGUCGCUAGGGGAGAGAGGCGGUGUCGGACGUGCCCCCUGCACAGAUCUCUUGGCUUUUACCCUGCGCUCCUCCUGCCCCGGGCACAGUCUGGUUCCCACCAUGAAACUCAAGGCAGAGGUGUCGAACAGCUGCCGUGCAGACAGCCAGCGCUCAUCCACAGAAUGUGAGCUGCAGGGCGCCCCCUGCAGGCAGAGAGCAGCUCUUGAUCCGGUAUAUAGUACUGAUGGAAGAGCAGCCUUACCCCACCUGGGCUCACAGCCUCCUACGUUCCGUGUCCUGUUUAUUUGUGGGGUGGCGGCAUGGCUGCCCUCUUUCGGGGGGCUGUUCCCAGGGUGAUAACACCCCACUGCUCGGAAGGAUUGGCUCAUCGCCUUUCAUGAAGACGGGCUAAGAGGAAUCUGGCCAGAGACCCACCUCCGCCACGAGGCUGGCAGCGGGAGAGCCAGGGUGGCCGGAGAGCAGGUCCGGCGGUAGGGACAACCCCUCCCCUCCCCGUGCCAGAUAACAUCUAAACGGGGGCUUGGAAAUGCCAGUUCGGUUGCCGUUUGCAGUUUCAGAGGCUGCUUACCUCUUGGUUUCCUGGAGGAGUGAGAUGUCCGCGUCUGCCACCCCCAAUUUGGCAAUAGCGCUUAGUGUUAAGGAGCACAGAGGAUCCCCCCCUUGCCUCCCUCUGCCCUUCAGUAGCCUCUGCACACCGAGGCCUUCCUUUUAAAUCUCCCUGGCAAAACACUCUUUGGGCCUUAAAACCCCACCCCCACGGGUCCGAUCCAGGCCCUUGAAGGAAGUGGCACAGAAAUCAGCUGGGGGGGAGAUUGAGCAAGCACUGUGGAAGGGAAUUGCUCCUGUUGAAGCUCAUUGUAUGUGUGCGGGGGUGUAUGUGUGUAUAGGAGACUGGUUUCAAGGAUCCGGGAUUCAGCUGGCCAGGAGGCGGGAGCUCGCUGCCCCCUGCUGGUGCUGGGAGGAAAAUCCCCAGCCGAUGCAGCAUUGACUCAGCAUUCCUCGCCCACUUGGGUUGGGGUGCGUGUAUACGCCCCCUCCCCCAGCGCAACGGAAACAAAUAGCGCGAGGCGAAUUCGCCUUUUGCAGAAGCUGAGGUUUUCUUUCCCAAGCACUUGCUUGAGAUGGUCUGGAGAGAAAGAGGUUAUCUUCUGUUGGAGAGAGACUGAAAAAUGGUUAGGGGGGGGUAGUGCGAGGGAAGGAUCAGGCCCUGGGGGGGGGGGUUGCUGCCUUCUCCUUGCAGGUGGGACCUCCGUGAAGUCAAUGCUGGCUGUUAACUUGGGGAGUGGGAGUAACUUGCUCCUCCCUCUGCUAACCCCCCUGAUGUGGUGCUGGAAGAGGAGCGCUGCUUUUCUGCUGUUCUCCUGCUCCUCACUUUAGAGAAGGGGGCCAGGAGAUCCUUUCUUAAUGUCACGGUGGGAUUACGCCCGUCCUUGUUUGUAGCAGUGGGGUAUGUGUACGCAACUGCAUGCAAGGGUCUCUUUUGGGGCUAGAGCGGUGAGGUACAUCAGCGUUCCAAAAGUCUGAGCAAUACACGAAGGGAGGCGCUUUUGGUUCAAUGGACGCACCGAACCACCAGUUCCCGUCUUGCGCCGAACAAUUGUAACCAGCCACCGAUUUCCAUCUUGCGCCGAACAAUUCUCACGGAAUCUCCGUACAAGUUGUAAUGUGCCUUUGCGAUGUACCUGCGGAAUUAAAAAAAAA